AUGGAUAUGCAAACAGAACCCUUAGAUUUAUCAACAAAGGGCAAAAAACUAAACAAAAUGAUAAACAUAAUCGACUUCAAGUUCUUAGAAGGGCUGAAUAAUCAUCUAGUCAAGUUGUAUGAAAGGACGAGCUUGGUUUGUGGCAAAGAAAGUUUCUGCCUGCCUCAGAAGACCACGAAUAUGAAGAACAUACUCCCAUGUCAAAUUUGCUUGAAGACUUUCGACCGACCUUCCUUGCUGAAGAGGCAUAUGAGGACGCAUACAGGCGAAAAGCCACACAUUUGUAACGUGUGCAAUAAAGGCUUCAGCACAUCUAGCUCGCUGAACACGCACAGGAGAAUACACACCGGUGAAAAACCCCAUAAAUGUCCAGAAUGUGGCAAAUGUUUCACUGCUAGUUCCAACUUGUACUAUCAUCGGAUGACCCACACGAAGGUAAGUAGUUGUGGCAGUUGGGUAGUUGACGCCUACAUAUCUCGAACCUACAGAAGUAACGUACUUAGCCGUUUAAUUUGUAUUUAA